UCAGCUGGUCUGGUCCGGUCUUGUCUGUCCCUCAUACAUGGACCAUGUGAGCUGUGGACUGGAGCUGGAACUGUGAUCCUUCUGUUCAGGGGAAGUUGAGUUUUUAUUUGUGUGCAGACGCAGCAGAUGCAAUAGGGUCUUCUUCAUCCGUCCAUCCUCCUGGUUGUUUAUUCGUUCUUCCAUCCCUCCCUCCAUCAGUUGUAGUCAUGUCAUCUGUUGUUCUCCAGCGGCUCAGUCUCUCCCUCAGUCUGAAGCACCUGGGCGUCGGCCUCGGCCUGGGGCCCCUCCCCCACCUGUUGGAGCGUGUCACCUGCCGGUGGUUGCCGUGGCCCCGCCCCACCGUCGGUGCCUCCCAGGUGCCCAGUCUGUUCCGGGAACCCUACAUCCUGUCAGGGUACCGCCCCGUGGGCCAGGCAUGGCGCUGCUACGUCCUCAGCCUUUUCCAUAAACACAACGAGUCGGUAAACGUGUGGACUCACCUGUUAGCGGUUCCGGUUCUGCUGUUCCGCUGGUGGGCCCAUGUGGGCUCCCUGGGGUACACCUUGGACCUGGCCUCUCUACCUCUGGGCCUGUUCCUGCUGUCAGCGCUCACCUACCUGUUCCUCAGUGUCAGCGCCCACCUGCUGCAGUCGCGCUCCGAACAGGCUCACUACUUCUUCUUCUUCAUGGACUAUGUGGGCGUGGCCGUGUACCAGUACGGCUGCUCACUGGGACAUUACUUCUACACGUCGGAACCGGCAUGGAGGGACAGCUACGUGGGGCGGUGUUUCCUCCAGGGCACCGCCUUGUUGGGGUGGCUCUCCUGCGCUGGGUGCUGCUUCGCCAAAUCCAGGUACCGCCGGCCGUAUCCGCCGCGGCGUAAACUCUGCCAGCUGAUCCCUACGACGGCGGCGUACUUCCUGGGCAUCAGCCCGGUGGCCCACCGCCUGGUCACCGUCUCCUGGGAGCGGGAGCCCUGGCUGGUCUUCCACGCCCUCCAGAUCGCGUCUUUCCUCCUGUCUGCCCUCUUCUUCGCCUGUCCCAUCCCCGAGCGCUUCUACCCGGGUCGCUUCGAUCUGGUGGGCCACGGGCACCAGAUCUUCCACCUGUUCCUGUCCCUGUGCACCGUCUGCCAGCUGGAGGCGCUGUUCCACGACUACGCCAGGAGGAAGGAGGCGGUGCUCGGCGUGUUUGGGGAGGGGCAACUGUGGUGGGCGUGCCUGUCCUUCCCAGGGCUGAGUCUGGGCUGCGUCCUGACCGCACUGAUGUCCAUGAGACAAAUACAGAAGAAACUGAAACAGGAAACAGAGCACUGAGACAUCUGAGACACAGACCACUGAGACGCAAACAACACACAGACCAACCGCACUGAUGUGCAUGAAGGACAUACAGAAGAAACUGAAACAGGAAACAGACCACUGACACAUGAGUGUUUGACACAGACUGAACAGAACAACUGUACAAAUCCAUUCCAACAGUUCGGACUCAUGUUUGUGAAUAAUCACCGUGUCUAAAAUCUGAUUCCUUAAUGCAGUUCUGUCAAACUCUUGUUAGUUCAGUUCCACAUUCAGUCCAGUUUGAUCUGAAAUGGGCCGGACCAGUAAAAUAAUAACAGUGAAAGAGUAAAA